AUGACACGUUGCUGGCUUAUGUUCAAUUCGCUAUCCAGCCUUAAGGUUUAUGUCUGCGAAGAUGCUUUCCAGCUGGUUGGCCCCGGUGUGUGCUGGUACCUGGAGUUACUCUUCCCUAGGUGCAUGUUAUGUGCUGUAUUAGGUGCCUCUUUAGUUGGAGCAGUUGAGGAAAAGGAACAGAAACAGAAGGCAGAAACCCAGUUGAUUCAGUCGCAACAAGAUUUGAUCAAAACAUUACAGUGUCAAUUAGAAGAAGAGAGAUUUCAAGUGGCUCUGCUGAGACAGGAAUUAGUUAAUUGUCUCUUAGCAGACACAGAUGACCCUAAUGCCAUUGCGGUGACCAAAAAGAAAGCCGAGGGAGUUACCCCUCCGUCAAUUUAUCCCCAAGCUGAAUUGUUUCAAUUGAAAGAAAGGUUGGACAAAUUAGAAGUCCUGUUGAGACCAUUGAUUAAAAGUGAAUAUAUCUGUGAUGGAGAGGAUGACAUGCCUCAGGUUGUGACUAAAGAAGUGCCAUUUAUGGCCACUGAAUUGGCAAAACUCAAAAAAGAUUUUGACCUCACAUCAAAGGAAUCGGAAACAGAGUAGGUGUGGAGGGUCUCUCUAACUGGGGAUGACCAGAUCUUAUUGACAGAAAAGGAAGCUGAGGGAUAUUGGGGACCUGGAGUGUUUUUGACUACAGGGAACUGUAGGGCUCCCUGGUCCCUGACUCAGUGGGUUGCUUACUGGGCAGGAGGUCUCAAUCCAUUAGAAUGAGGAGAUCUGCUGGCAAUCAUAGGAUCUACAGAUCAAUUAGUAGAGAGUGUUCAAAAGGCAGCUUGUCUGCAAAUGAUGUAUGACAGGGAAUUAAAACCUAAUCAGGAGUCACCCAAUAUGAUUCCUGUGGACCCAGAGAGGAUGGCCUCUCUCAUCCGAGGGCUCCCAGACUCUGUGAAGGCCAUAAGAAUUCAAUUGCAAGGCCAAAUUAGAGCCACUGCAAGUGACGACCAGGUCACAGUGGCAUUGGAGGGAGUGGUCACCCCAGACCACAAACAUUCUGAUAGAAAAGUAUGGACCUGGGGAGAGGUUGCUCAAGAAUUAAUUAAUUAUGGAAGGAAAUACGGCCCUGUGCUGAGCCACCCCAAACAAGAAUCUAAGGGAAUUAGGCGAACUGAGGAGGUACCUAUUUUGAGAGAAACCCCAGGAAAAGUCUCUAACCACGUCAAGAGAGGGUCAGACAGUGAGUGA